AUUCCGGGCCCUUAAGCGGGCCUAAUUUUCUCUUGUGAGGGAUGCAACUUUUUCAUCACUCAUACCGUAUUUCACCAUCCAAAAAAUACUAGAUCAAAAUCGUGUGUUGAAGCUAAUGUAAUUUAGGAUCAUCAGAUAAAACCACAGCUGUACUGCUUUCAUUUUUUGCCUCCGCACAUCUGGGUGAUGUACAGUAAUAAAACGGGUAAUUAAAUGAAUUUUUUUUUCGAAAUUUACUGGGGGGUGGCGUUCGUUUAGAUAUGAUCAACAUGCUGUCACGCAGCUAGCUACGCUGACCAGUGAGUGUGUGUAGUGGGUGUAUCCAUUUUCCCCGUUUUCAGCAACGUGGGUGUAUGUGAGGCGAAAUGGUGGAAUGGGAUUGUGUGGUUGUGGGGGCUGGUAUUGAGGGCUCGUCUACUGCUUAUCAACUUGCCCUUAAAGGUUGCAAAACACUCCUGAUUGAGCAGUUUCCCCUCGGACAUAGCAGAGGCAGCUCCCACGGUCACUCUCGCAUCACCCGCUAUGCCUACGUUCAGAAACACUUCUCUGAGAUGAUGCCAGAAUGCUUCAGGAUUUGGGCUCAGCUGGAACGAGACAGCAACACCAAGCUCUACAGAAGAGAGGGCUUGCUGGUCAUUGAUGAGCCACCCUACAGUAAUCUUAACAAGGUUAAAGGAGCACUGGACAGCAUAAACCACAAGUACACUGCGUUGACAUCAUCGGAGAUAUGCCGUAAAUACCCUGGAGUUUCUGUAGCGCCGGAUACCAAAGGCAUCAUAGAGCACGAUGGGGGUAUUCUACUGGCUGAUAGCUGUUUGAGAGCCAUGCAGACACAGUUUCUAAAGCAUGGUGGCACAAUCAGAGACUCGGAGAAGGUCCUUCAGGUCAUACCCGGUGACAUUGUCACCAUAGUGACAAACAAAGGACGACAUCAAGCCAAGAAUGUUGUACUGACACCGGGACCAUGGGCUUCCAAGUUGCUGAGACCACUUGGGCUUGAUCCUCCACUAAAAGUGUGGAGAUUAGAUGUGUGCUACUGGCAAGAGAAGAUACCGGGCCAGUUUGAUAAUUUCCCUGUAUUCAUUGCGUAUGGAACAGGAAACCAUUGCUAUGCACUACCAAGUGAAGAAUACCCUGGACUUGUGAAGGUGUGCGAUCACACUGAGCAUGAACUAAUAGACCCUGACGCUAGGGACGCACCUUCCAGUGACCAUCAGCUCAGAGAGGCAUUAAUCAAGAAGUUCAUUCAGAAAUUCUUUCCUGGCUUACAUGAUACACCCGCUAUCGUGGAGAGGUGUAUCUAUUCGUUUACGCCAGAUGAGAGUUUUUAUCUGGACACUCAUCCCAACUAUCCUAAUAUAGUUAUAGGCUGCGGUUUUUCAGGUCAUGGUUUCAAGCUGUCUCCGGUUGUUGGUAAAGUACUCAGCGAAUUAGUAACGGGAACAAAGCCAAGCUACGAUCUCUCAAUGUUCAGACUGUCUCGAUUCCCCAACGGCCCACUGGCUAAGCUUUAGAUGACUGGUGCCACGAUAUGCCUUAAAAGGCACUGGCCACUAUUGGUAAUUACUCAAAAUAAUUGUUAGCAUAAAAACUGACUCGGUACAAGUAAUGGAUAGCUGGUGGUAGUAUAGAACUUUGUAAUCUGUACAACUUCACCAAACUUGCCAUCCCUCUUUGCUGAACCAAAAUAUAUAAAAAUAAUCCCAUCCAUGUGUACACUGAUGUGUUUAAGAACUCUUAAUUUUUAAAUGCAAGUACUAAUUUUUAUUUACACCAAAGAUACUCACUGGCUCUAUAGAUGUUGUGACCUCUGACGUCAGUCAAAAACCAUAACAUGAUUCAUGCGCAUACCGCCGGCCAAAACCUUUGUGUUUUGGC